CCCCUACUUUCACUUGUUUUAACUACACCAAAGAACUCCCAUUUACCCCCUUAGCCUCGAGGACAACCAAAGCCCACUGUGCCUCUCAACUCCCUCUCUUGUCCCUCUCCCAACAAUGGCACCACCAAAAUUCUCUCUUGCUUUGACCAUUGCCAUUCUCUCAGUCUGGGCCGCUUCUGCUGCCCACCACCACGCGGCGGCGCCAUCUUCCUCAUCCUCCGUCGACUGCUCGUCUUUGAUCUUGAACAUGGCGGAUUGUUUGUCGUUUGUGUCGAGUGGGAGUGAGGUCUCUAAGCCGGAAGGCUCAUGUUGUGCUGGCUUGAAAACUGUGCUGAAAACAGAUGCUGAGUGUUUGUGCGAGGCUUUUAAGAGCAGUGCUUCUUUGGGUGUUACUCUGAAUGUUACCAAGGCCAUGACUUUGCCUGCAGCUUGCAAAGUCUCUGCUCCUUCUGCCACCAACUGCGCAAUAUCUCUGGCUCCUGCCGGUGCGCCAGGUGCAACAGCGGGUGCGCCUACCACAUUCCAAGGAGCAAAUGAGGUAGCACCGGCACCAGCUCCCGGUAGCUCAGGCUCUUCAGUGCUUUCUGUUUCAAUUGGAUCUCUUGUUUUAGGCCUCAUAGUUAUGUUAGUCUCUGGCUACUGAGUUAAAUGUUAGUGAUAAUUUGAGCGGAGGGAGAGGUAUCAUAUGAGAGACCAUUUUGAUGUUUAGUUUGUUCUUGGGGAUUAUCCUCCCCUUUGUUUUCAUGUGUGACUGUAGUAGAUAGCAUUCAUUUUGUGGGUUACUGGAAACUUUGUGUGAGUUUUGGACCAUCAUUAGUUCAAUAUUUACUAGUAUUCUAUUUGUUUACCAUUUA